GGAUUUACUAACAGGCCUAACACCAGGAAUAGGGGAAACCUUGAAGACCUGUCUGUUCACCAGUUCCCUAGACCUCAAAGAAUCAGACAAAACGCUGGCACUCAAGGAAUAUUCACACCCAAAAGGCACCUGUCAAACAUGAUUGUCUCCCUCUUGCAACCACUGUCCAUUGUAGAAGAUGCUGGUUUCCAGGCAUUUGUGGAUGCCAUAAAACAACCUGGCACCCUCAUUCCAAAGGAGACAUUUUCUAUUCGAAAAGACCUUCUCAGAAUGUACAAUAAGACGAGGCAGAAGGUAGAGCAAUCCCUUGCCUUGGCUCAUGACAUUGUCUUAGCAGCUGAACUGUGGGUUGCAAGAGCAGAAGAGUCCUAUCUGACAGUGACUUGCCAUGUCAUCGACAGAGAAUGGAACCUCAAUUCCUACGUAUUGGAAACAACUAAAGUCCUGGGUGAAGAUACGUCAGUCGACAUAGUAAAACAACUGUUAGGAAUUGCAAACGACUGGGGAAUAAAAGAAAAGAUUCACACCGUGGUGACAAACAUAGAUGGAUCCAUGAGAGAAGAGAUUUCUAGAAAUGGAUGGACACACAUUCCUUGCUUUGCCCACACUUUAAACCUGGUGUUCAAAGAUACAUUGAUGGAGGAUCCUGUUCUUGAGGCAAUGCUGAGGAAGUGUCAGAAGAUUGUGAGGUUCUUCCACAACGACAUAGAAGCUGAGAAAAAGCUAAAAGAGGCUCAACUCCAACAACACUUGCCUCAUCAUGGCCUGAUCCAGUCUGUUGGUGAUGGAUGGUUCUCUUGUUUCCACAUGCUGAAGAGACUUGCUGAGCAAUACAUGGCUAUCAACACGGUGCUUAGCCAAAGGCAAGAGUUCGACCUCUGUCUUAAUGGAUCUGACAUAACUAAAGCCUCCAGUGCGGUAGCAGCCCUUCAGCCUUUCAAAGAUGUGACAGAGGAGAUGUCACAGAGAUGUAAAGACAUCUCUAAUAAUCAGCAGUACUACCUCCUCUCCAACAGCAUUCCUCUGGUUGAAGAACUUCAGACCAAAAUCAGCAAAGAACAGAGGGGAAACGAUGUAGCUAAUCACUUAGCCAAGCAAUGCAAAAUUCAUUUUGGUGAUUUGAAGAAGAGCCAACGACUAGUCCUUACCACAGCCCUGGACCCAAGGUUCAAAAACCUCAUACUGAAUGUCAACGACAGUGAAAGUGCUAAUCACUUUCUAACUAAAUUGCUUAAAGAUCUCAAAGCAAUUUCAUCUCCACUGAUAGUUUCAUCCGAUGUACCGAACUUAGUUCAACUGCUGAAACAGUACAGUGAACACAGCUCAAUUCCAGAGAUGGAAAACCCACUUGCAUGGUGGAGAUUUGAAGGAUCUGUGAAAUUCAAGGAUCUGAGCAGGGUAGCCCUUAGAAACCUUGGUGUGGUUUCUACAGCGAUCCCCUUGGAUAGGGCUUUCCAUGAGACAGAUAAAAUGUUCUACAGCAGACGAAGUUGCCUGGAGCCAGAGAAUAUCAACAUCAUACUGUUUCUGAACAGCAACUACACUCCUUAGUUGUAAAGAGGGUCAGUAGUGGUCACAUGGUUAUCUUUUAAAUUAGAACAAAUUAUGGUCUUGUGAUCUGAGCUGCUUCCUCUAGAAUUGAUAUGGCGCUGCCAGCAUGCGUUCGAAUCAAGCCCAUUGCUCUUUCAGCACUCACUCUUACCUUGUCUAUCUGAUAAACAAUCAUCAAAUCAAAUCAAAUGUAUUUAUAUAUCCCUUCGUAUAUCAGCUGACAUCUCAAAGUGCUGUACAGAAACCCAGCCUAAAA